AUGGCGUCCGGAGACCCGCGCGCCGCCACGAUCGCUCUGGCCCGCAACUUGCUCUCGUCCGUGCUCUCCUUAGCCUUGCCAAGUGAAUCUGAAAGUGACAGUGCGUCUCUACGCUCGUUCCUGACGCAGCAAUUGCCGCCUCUACGUGAAGCUCUCGAGCGCCACAACGUCUUGGGACUCGUGACGGACGGGAAAGCCUUGACGAAAUGGCACUUGAAGCUGCUGCAGCUCAUAGGAGGAUCUAAUGUAUCGCGUUGUGUGGGCUGGAAACUGAUGCUGACGACGACGCGUCAGAGCUCGCUGGAACGACUGGAAACGCUGGCUGUCGAGCUGCUGGAAAGAGUCGGGAAGCUCUUGAAGCAGCUGCUGUCUAGCAAGGAAGAGGACGAAGAAAUACAAGAUGCCACUGCUGCUGCGUGUGGUGUCGCUGAAGUGCUGCUGCGUCAUGUGGACAGGUAUAACCCGGACAUUCGUCGUGAGGUGCUGGAGCACCAGGCCAAGCUGGUACAGCCGCUGGUGGCGCUUCUUCAGAGUAAACGUGAAGGCAGCAAGAUGAAGGUUGUGGUAAUUGCAGCUUUUGACUUGGUUGCCACACUCUUGCGCGCGUCUCCGAAUUCGUUGAGGACGUAUGCAGUAAAGAUCGAGUCUGCGUGUGCGGUUGCACUAUUUCCUGAUGGUCGUGAAGACGGAAACAAUGAGGUCGUGGCUGAGAAAGCUGUUGUGUGUCUGGCGUUACUGUGUAACGCGUCUGACAAGCCGCAGCAGGUAUGGAUGUCGAUGGCUCAAAAAGCGUUGGAAGCUGCGCACCAGCAGCUGGAUUUGUUUGCGAGCAAGCGCUUGACGGUGCCUUCCACCGACGCGAUGGCGGGAAAAAAGUUAUGGGUGCGGGGAGCGGCAAGUCAGCAUUUAGCAACGUACCAUCGUGCAGAAGCGACGCUCGUUAGGAUGGUCAGUGCAGUGAGUGCACUGUGUGAACUACUGAACGCACGCACUGCAAUAGCAAGUCGUGGACAGAUCUCUGAGCGCGAGGCGCAACAGAUCCUACCUGAAAUCGUGUUAUUUGCUCGGCGCGCUAUGGGUGUUCGUGCGCACGAAGUGGGCAAGCACACGGGUGUAUCAGAUGAUGGCGUGCGCCUUCCGGUGAGUGUCAUAUAUGCCAUGAUUCCGCGUGUUUAUGUCCAAGCUCUGCGUGCCUUGAGUGCAUCUGUCGAACGCACUGGACUCUGUGCUUUGCGCCAUGCUAGCAAGAUCACACGCGUUCUUUUACUUGCUUCUGAAAAUGUGGGUGAUGGAGAAGAUUUGCAGGCCUUGGCAGAUACUACGGCGGUUUGUGUGCGCCAUCUGGGUGCUAGCACUGUUGAAAAGUUUGGUGUGUCUUUGCUGAAUGAGUUGGCCACGCGUUGUAAGCGCAGUCUGGAUGAGACAACAAGUGCUACCAAACCGACAAACAAUCUGGUUGCGAAGCUUGCAGUGCAGCAAGCGGACAUGAAGAAUAAUGGCAACAAGAGCAAGAAGCGGAAACGUCAGGCGGCUGCUGCCGCAACUAUUGCUGCACUGAAUGGAGGGAACACGUUUGCAGGCCAGACAGCUUUCGUGUCGAUGCGUGACGAGGCUUUUGUGACGCAGACCCUCAAGGCAGUUAUAACAGCUGUCGCUGGUUGUGUGAGUGUGUAUGGAUGUCUGCUACCAGAGGAUUGCCGUUCAUCGGUUCGAGGACUGAUGCUCGAAGCGGCCCAGCACCGGCACAAGCUUGGGUCAGGUCACAAUUGUGGCGAGUUUGACCCCGUAGCGGUAGCACUUUUGUCAGACGCAGUGACUGCCGAUGCCGCAGGCUCACACGCUGCCAAUCUGCUUUAUGGUAUUCAGUACUGGCAGCGCCGCAGUAUUUGUAGUGGCGGAUCUUUGUCGGCGCUUCAGCAGAUAGCACUGAAUGUUGGUGAGGCGAUGUUGCACCCGCGCGCACCUCCAUUGACCAUCAACUUUGAACAAGGUGUCAGCAAGGAGCAGAAACACGAUGGAUUUCGUGGACCUAAUUUGAAAGCGGUGGUGGGGUCCACUGCUUCGGAAGAUGCCAUGGAAUGGGAUGGAAGUGAGCACGAUGACAGUGGUGACGAAGGUGCGGAUGAUGGAGAACGAAUAGCGAAGGAGGAGUCGACUGAGUCGAUUGAGCCUGCUAUUGUGGACGACGAAGAGGAUGAGGACUACGAUGAUGCCCGUCCGCAAGAUUCAAUAGAGGAACCGAUGGAGGUUGGUAUAGAGGAGGAAGAGAGCAAAAUAGAUGACGAAGACGAGGAGGAUGAGACGUUAGUAGAGCUCGGUCGGAACUGCGCGGACGUCGAGAAAGUGUCAAACGCCAUUAACGGGGCCCACGGCGGUGAGGAUGACGAUGACGAUGAUGACUUCCCUGACAUUGUUGUCGACGAUGACUAG